AAAUUCACAAUUACACCUUGAUACUCUUUAUAAAUCUAAGACAUUGAUGAACAGUGAUAUGUAAAUCACACUAGUUGAUCCUAUACUUUUCAUAGUUGUUGCAUUAUUGCAGAAGUGAAAGCAGCAGCAACAUGGAUGAGAGGCUUCUUGGGUCAGAAGAACCAAAGGAAAACAGUAAUAAUCUGAGGAGGAGAGUUUUAGAGGAAUCAGGAAAACUAUGGAAGGUUGGGUUUCCUUCAAUGUUAGCGAGGGUUACAGCUUUUGGCAUGUUUGUAGUGACCCAAGCUUUCAUUGGACACAUUGGUGAACGACAGCUUGCAGCAUAUGCUCUUAUACAAGUCAUCACAGUUAGAUUUGCAAAUGGAAUAUUGUUGGGGAUGUCCAGUGCAACCGAGACACUAUGUGGGCAAGCAUUUGGAGCAAAACAUUACCACAUGUUGGGUAUUUACUUGCAAAGAUCAUGGAUCAUUAAUUUUGUCACAUCAGCUGUGUUGCUACCAGUAUUCAUCUUUGCAUCACCAAUCUUCAAAUUACUUGGAGAAGAUGAGGAAAUAGCCACUGCUGCUGGAUAUAUAUCUCUUUGGUUCAUCCCCAUUCUCUACUUUUUUGUUUUCAACUUCACCACCCAAAAAUACUUGCAAUGCCAGCUUAAAAAUAUGAUUGUUGGGUGGAUUUCUGCUGCCUCUUUCAUUCUUCAUGUGUUGUUGUCAUGGAUCCUUGUGAGCAAAUUGAAUUGGGGGAUCCCUGGUGCUAUGAGUUCAAUGAUAAUAUCAAGUUGGUUGGUGGUCAUUGGGGAGCUUAUUUAUGUAUUUGUUGGAUGGUGUCCCGAAACAUGGAAAGGCUUCACUUUUGCUUGUUUUCUUGAUCUAUUUCCAGUACUUAAGCUCUCAAUAUCUUCAGGAGUGAUGAUUUGCUUAGAGUUAUGGUACUAUGCUAUCCUAGUCCUGUUGGGAGGGUAUAUGAAAAAUGCCGCAGUUGCCAUCGAUGCCCUCUCCAUUUGCCUGAAUAUCAUAGCUUGGCAACUCAUGGUGUUCCUCGGCUUCCUCACAGCAGCUAGUGUGCGAGUUUCAAAUGAACUAGGGAGAGGAAACGCCAAAGCAGCAAAAUUUUCGAUGAAAGUUCUAUUAUGUACAUCACUGAGUAUAGGAGUGUUAUUCUGGGCACUGUGCUUAAUAUUUGGUCAUCGAAUAGGUUACUUGUUUACAAGUGAUGAGGAAGUAGCAAACUCCGUGGCAGACCUCUCUUUGUUGCUUUCUUUCUCAGUUUUGCUCAACAGUGUUCAGCCAAUCCUCUCAGGGAUAGCAAUUGGUGCUGGUAGACAAAAAAUGGUUGCAUAUGUUAACAUCUGUUCCUAUUAUGUGGUUGGUGUGCCUUUAGGAAUUCUUCUUGGAUAUGUAGCCAAAAUGGAAGUCAAGGGAAUAUGGAUUGGGAUGAUAACUGGGGUUGCAACGCAAACAUUUGUUCUAGCCUACAUUACCUCAAGGACUGAUUGGGAAGAAGAGGUUAAUAAAGCAUCAGAGAGGCUAAACAAGUGGCUAUUGGAGCCUUCAGAGACAUCUUAUGGGAAGCUUAGUGGUGAAACAGUGAAUGAAUGACUCAACAAAUUUCACUAUAUAAGCUUAUAGUGGUCUGAAACGUAUGCAUAUUUUUACACGUAAUCAAAUUUUUGUUUUUUUAUUAAGUUAAAUUCAUGGAAGAAAAGUCAGAAAUUUUAGUAAGUAUCCUAUCUUCUGGUGGAAGAGUAGGAACAUAACUUUGGUUUUGGAGUUAAAAUACUCCACUCGUGAUAGUGUUAAAUAUUUUUAUUUGUCAAAAAUCUGUGUAUGAUCUACAUAAGAUGAUUAGAGUAAAUAAAAUUAUUUUACGGUUGUAUAAGAAUAAAAAUAUUAAGGAUUGGUUCUUAGGUUAUUAUUUCUAAA